CAAUCCGCUCGAGAACAUUUGUUGAGAACACUGCGCAUUGUAUCACAGUAGAUCGUGACGUACUUUCGUCGUUUGUGUUGUUACUGUGAUCUCGGUUCUUUAAUUUUGUGUGCAGUUAUCACGUACGUAUCAUGAGCGACGACGAUCGCGAUAUUGACAUCGAAAGUGAUGAUGGCGACGACUCUGACUCGCGACUUAGACACCCAAACAACACGCAAUAUUGCUCUCAGGCAGAAAAAAGAGCUCACCACAAUGCUUUAGAAAGGAAACGUCGGGACCAUAUUAAAGACAGUUUCUCCAGUUUAAAAAAUGCAGUACCAACCUUGCAAGCUGAAAAGGCUGCGAGUAGAGCACAAAUCCUAAAGAAAGCAGCGGAAUAUAUUCAGACUAUGCGGAAGAAGAAUGUUUCUCAGCAACAAAGUAUUGAAGAUCUUAGAAAACAGAAUGUUAACUUAGAUGCUCAAAUUCGUUCAUUAGAGAGGGCCAUAACCAGCGGUAAUUUCACCGUAGAGUCAUGUGAAGUGAUCAGAUCUGAGUCAAAGGGCAUUAGUAAUUACGACACUGAGACGGAGUCGUCAGAUAGCGAAACGGAAACUGCAGUACGACAGCCGAAAAAAUUGAAGGUCGCUGGUCUUCAUUGACGGGAAUGCAUUUGUAUGUUCUUUUCUCAAUCCUUUACUCGAUACUUUAUUUUCAUAUGACGAUACUGUCCCAUCCAUUGUAAGUAAUGUAAGUUAAGUAUAUAAUCGUAUGACAUGCGUAAAAUAGAUUAUCUAAAUAAAUGUUUAUUAGAUUUUGUCCUGUAGUAUACAUGUAAUAUAGCGUAUAUUAAGAAAACACGCCGAAAUAUAUUAAAAUGUCAAAUAGCGAAAGACCAAUCUAAUAAUAUUAUAGAUAAUAAAGACUAUGCGUUAAUUAGUUUGAAGAAUAUACAUAUACGUGAUUAA